AAUUUAGGCGGUUUCUCAUCCUUUCCUUUCUGUCCUAAACUCACAAACUAGCUAUAAAACCCCUAGUGCACAAAACCCCACAACCAAUAACCACCGGACUCAGCCAUGCCAACCGCCGCCGUCACCGCCGGAGACGGCCCAGAAACCGCGGCGGGCAGAGAAGCCCUCCGGAAGCUAAAAUCUACCGAUCCACCAUUAUAUCUCUCUCCAUCAGAAGACCUAUCUAAAGCUGCUCGUUUAGCUUCAGAAUACUUGUUUUCUUCUCUUAAACCCUACACCCCAAAAUCCCCGUUUUCGCACCUUUUAGUAAAUGGGUUCGACGCUGAGCAAAUUUGGCAGCAAAUUGACCUACAAACACAGCCGUUGAUAUCCUCCCUCCGCCGCCAAGUUAAAAAGUUUGAGAAGAAUCCUGAAGAAAUCAGGAAUUUGUUUAAUUUAGGUGAAAAAGAUAAGAAAAAUGAUGGUAAUGACGUUGGUACUAUCAGUAAUGGUGACGAAAAGAUGGAAAAUGAGGAGGGUUUUGAUGAGUUUGAGGAUGAGGAGAUGGAGGGGGAUGAUGAUGAUGAUGAUGAUGAGGAGGAGGAGGAGGAGGAGGAAGAGGAAGAAGAGGGCAAUGCGCACGAGGGGAAGGAAGAAGAUGGAGGAGGGGGAGGAGUUGAGGAUAAGUUUUUGAAGAUAAAGGAGUUGGAGGAGUAUUUGGAGGAGGACGAGGCAAGGGAAUAUGGGUUGAAGAAGGAGAAGAAGCAGGGGAAGAGGGAUCAGGAGGAUGACAACGACAAGGAGGGAGAUGAUGAGGAUGAGGAUGACGAUGAGGAUGAAGAAGAGGAGGAUGACGAGCUAGGAGUAAUGGGGGUUGAUGUUGGAGAAGAUGAUGAGAGUGGAGAGGAGUUGGAAAACGCCAGAUAUGAAGACUUCUUUGGUGGUAAAGGGAAAAUGGGUCAGAAGAGAAAAUCUAAGCUUCUUCAUGGAUCUGAUAACUUGGACAUGGACGGGGAAUUGAGUGAAGAAUCAAGUGAUGAUGAGAAGAAUCAGUUACAGAAGAAACAGAAGCUUUCCACUCAUGAGAAAGAGCUUGAAAAACUCCGUUCUACAAUAGAGCAGAUGGAGAAAGCGAACUUAGAACCAAAGACCUGGACUAUGCAAGGGGAGGUAACUGCUGCUAAAAGACCAAAAAACAGUGCAUUAGAAGUUGAUCUUGAUUUCGAGCACAAUGUGAGACCUGCCCCAGUUAUUACUGAAGAGGUUACUGCAUCCCUGGAAGAAUUGAUUCAGAAGAGGAUCCUUGAGGGGCGCUUUGAUGAUGUUCAGAAACCUCCUACUUUACCAUCCAGAGCUCCAAGAGAAGUAAAAGAAUUGGAUGAGAAUAAAAGCAAAAAAGGCCUUGCUGAAAUUUAUGAGGAAGAAUAUGUCCAAAAGUCUGGCCUGGUUUCAACAGCCCUUUCAAUCUCAGAUCAACAAAAGAAAGAAGCAGGUAUGCUGUUCAAAGAACUGUGCUUAAAGUUGGAUGCUCUAUCACAUUUUCACUUCACUCCAAAACCGGUCAUAGAAGAUAUGUCUAUACAAGCCAAUGUCCCUGCACUGGCUAUGGAAGAGAUUGCACCGCUGGCGGUCUCUGAUGCAGCCAUGCUGGCUCCUGAGGAAGUUUUUACUGGAAAAGGAGAUAUUAAAGAAGAUUCAGAGCUAACACAAGCAGAGAGGAAGAGGAGGAGAGCAAAGAAGAAGCGGAAAUUUAAAGCUGUGGCAGCAAAAAGGAUGGCAAACAAGGCACAACACAGCUCACUGCAAAAUCGUGUCGAUGGAAAUGAAGAAUCAUGAAUCAAGUCAACUUUGAUGUUUAAAGGGCCCUAUCUUUUGGUAUCACCUUAAGUUGGCAGUUUUAUUUGGGGACUGCAAUGAGCUUCCAACUUAUGGACUUGACAACUGUCUUCUUCUGGUUCUUUGUUUAUCGAUUACUAAAAUUUUCUCCCAGUUAUGGAAGGCAGCCAGAGGCAAGAUAAUGCAGAAUUCAGAGAAGCUAAAGGUAAUAUACGAGAGAAACAGAAGACCGAAUACACAGGAAGCAAUCAAAUUGCGCCGCAUAAUACUCGACAAUUGUUGUUCGCCUAAGUAUAUUUUCAAAAAAAAUAAAAUUAUAGCAUUAGUAGGUAAACCUGUAUACCUGUGGAUGAAAUUGAUUAAGCGUAUACUUAUUAUUUCACAAUAA